AUGGCCAUAUGGAGCCGAAGACAGUUCACUACGACUCCCAGUAUACCAUUUCCAGGCGGUCCUAUGGGUAUAGGCGGCUCCAGUUCCUCUCCGACAUACUUCCAACGCCAGACGAGCCUACCCGCGAACACCAUUAUCCGAUUCGUACCGCAGCAAACAGCAUGGAUUGUGGAGCGUAUGGGAAAAUUUAAUCGGAUAUUGGAGCCUGGGUUGGCUAUUCUCGUCCCGAUCAUCGAUCGCAUCGCCUACGUCCAAUCGUUGAAAGAAGCGGCCAUCGAGAUCCCCAGCCAGAGUGCCAUUACUGCAGACAAUGUCACGUUAGAAUUGGAUGGCGUACUUUACACAAGAGUAUUUGAUGCUUACAAAGCGAGUUACGGUGUUGAAGAUGCGGAAUAUGCCAUCUCACAGCUAGCGCAGACCACCAUGAGGUCCGAAAUCGGUCAACUCACAUUGGACCACGUUCUCAAGGAAAGGGCGAAUCUUAACGCAAACAUUACGCAGGCGAUCAACGAGGCCGCACAAGAGUGGGGUGUCGUAUGCUUGAGAUACGAAAUAAGGGAUAUCCAUGCUCCGGAAGGUGUCGUGGCGGCCAUGCACAGGCAAGUCACAGCAGAGCGAUCAAAACGAGCCGAGAUUUUGGAUUCCGAAGGUCAGCGGCAGAGUGCAAUCAACAUCGCCGAGGGUCGUAAACAAUCCGUUAUUUUGGCAUCUGAGGCACUGAAGGCCGAGCAGAUCAAUAUGGCAUCUGGUGAGGCCGAGGCUAUUUUGCUCAAGGCACAGGCAACUGCACGGGGUAUCGAUGCCGUUGCGGAUGCUAUCAAACGCGGCGAAGCCAAUGCCCAGGGCGCCGUUAGCUUGAGCGUCGCAGAAAAGUAUGUUGAAGCCUUUGGCAACCUGGCCAAGGAGGGCACUGCUGUCGUGGUUCCAGGUAAUGUCGGAGACAUUGGUCAGAUGAUUGCUACGGCUAUGGCAGUAUAUGGCAAGGUCAACGAGAACCAAACCAGGAACCUGGCUGGCAAAGUUAUCGGUGCGUCGACGGAUAAAGACGAGUCUAGUUCGAAGGAUGUUGGGGCCAGAGUGAUUGAGGCGGCCCAGCACGGGAAUGCAAAAGACGUCGCGCAGACAGUGCUUGAAGGGUUUGAGCAGACACGAGAGGCGAGAAAGUAG